UGACGCAGACUCAAAUUUUUCAUUUCUUCAUUCCUAUUCUUUUUCUUUUUUACUUCUUAUGCAACACAGAAUUACAAUUACAAGACAACCUUUUCAAUUUAACAAAAAAAGUUAUGGAUUCAGCUACGGAAUCUCUUUCCAAGCUGAGUAUCAAUGGCGAUUUUGCUUCCUCUGUUCCCAAUUUACAAAAGAAUCUUCACCUUCUAUCUCCUGAUCAGAUUAAGCUGGCCAAAAUGUUAAUGGAGAUGAGACAAGAUCAUUUGUUUGAGCAUUGGUCUGAACCUGGCGUUGAUGAUGAACAAAAGAAAUCUCUAUUUCAACAGGUGGCUAAGCUCGAUUCAAGCUACCCGGGAGGUUUGGCAUUAUAUAUUAAAACGGCAAAAGAACUCUUAGCUGAUUCAAAGGAAGGAAAGAACCCUUUUGAUGGCUUCACACCUUCGGUUCCAACAGGAGAAAACCUGACAUUUGGUGAUGAAAGUUUUAUCAAAUUUGAGGAGGCAGGAGUCAGGGAAGCCCAGAAUGCAGCAUUUGUCCUUGUCGCGGGCGGGCUUGGGGAACGCCUUGGAUACAAUGGAAUAAAGGUGGCUCUCCCUAUGGAAACCACUACAGGGACUUGUUUCUUGCAGCAUUACAUAGAGUCUGUCUUGGCUCUUCAGGAAGCUAGCUGUAGAUUCACUCAAGGUAAAUCUCAAAAGGAAAUUCCUUUUGCUAUCAUGACAUCUGAUGACACACAUGCUCGUACAAUAGAGCUUUUAGAAUCAAAUUCUUAUUUUGGAAUGAAAUCGUCUCAAGUGAAACUUCUUAAGCAGGAGAAAGUUGCAUGCUUGGAAGAUAACGAUGCCAGGCUUGCUCUAGAUCCACAUAACAAGUACACUAUUCAGACAAAGCCUCAUGGCCAUGGUGAUGUGCAUUCACUUCUUUAUUCUAGUGGCCUUCUUAGUACAUGGCAAGAUGCUGGAUUGAGAUGGGUUCUAUUUUUCCAAGAUACUAAUGGACUUCUCUUCAAGGCAAUUCCAGCUUCAUUGGGUGUUAGUGCCACCAAACACUACCAUGUUAACUCUCUUGCAGUUCCUCGUAAAGCUAAAGAAGCUAUUGGAGGAAUUACUAGGCUUACUCAUGCUGAUGGGCGGUCAAUGGUGAUUAACGUUGAAUACAAUCAGCUUGAUCCUCUGCUAAGAGCAACUGGAAAUCCUGAUGGAGAUGUCAACUGUGAGACGGGCUAUUCUCCUUUUCCAGGAAAUAUAAAUCAGUUGAUUUUGGAACUUGGUCCGUAUAUUGAGGAGCUCAAGAAAACGGGAGGUGCUAUUAAGGAAUUUGUUAAUCCAAAAUAUAAAGAUGCCAGCAAAACAUCAUUUAAAUCUUCAACUCGACUUGAAUGCAUGAUGCAGGAUUAUCCAAAGACAUUACCCUCCUCAGCAAGGGUUGGAUUUACGGUGAUAGAUGCAUGGCUAGCUUAUGCACCUGUGAAGAACAAUCCAGAAGAUGCUGCUAAGGUACCUAAAGGAAACCCUUACCACAGUGCAACUUCUGGUGAAAUGGCCAUCUAUCGAUCAAACAGCCUCAUUCUCAAAAAGGCUGGUGUCCGAGUGGAUGAUCCAGUUCAACGGGUAUUCAAUGGGCAAGAGGUGGAAGUUUGGCCUUGUAUCACAUGGAAGCCAAAGUGGGGAUUAACAUUUUCAGACGUUAAGAGUAAAGUUAACGGAAGUUGCUCGAUAUCUCAAAGGUCUACAAUAGCCAUCAAGGGUCGUAACAUCUUCGUUGAAGAUCUGUCCUUAGAUGGAGCUCUUGUACUCGAAGCUGUGGACGAGGCAGAGGUAAAGGUAGGAGGUUCAGUGCAGAACAAGGGUUGGAUUCUUGAAAAUGUAUACUACAAAGAUACUUCGAUACCUGAGGAGUUAAGGAUCAGAGGCUUCAGAAUCAAAAAGGACGAGCAAGUCGAGAAAUGUUACAGUGAGCCUGGGAAAUUUGACUUGAAGGCUUGAAGGCUUGAAGGCAAAAUUAUCACAACUACGAGGUGAAUUCUCUACUAAUCUCCGACAUAAGCACUGCUGAUAUCGACGGCCUUAAUUAAAAGGAAGUUAACGAAGGUAAUAGAAAUCCCGAGAAACUUAGGCAAUAGGCAGAAAAGAAUCCAGAAGAAGAUGUUCUUGUUUAUAGAAAAAACAGUUUUAAGACAACUGAAUAAUGAUCCUUUGCAUUAAUUUAUUAUAUAACUAAUGACAUAUAGCUAUAUCAUAUAAUACUAGCAUAUUCUCCGCGCGAUGCAGCGGAAUAUUAUAAUUUGUAUUAUUUCAAUAGUACUUAUAUAUUUUUUUAAUCAUAUUCUUUUACUAUUUA